AUGGGAUCAUGGGAGCCAGCCUGGCCGAGAUCAUCUCGCGCCGGAGAGCAGUUGGACAGGGAGGACAGCAUUGCGGCACGGCAGAUAGCUCACACAGUAUCGCCAAUCCAUCCCAUCUCCUCAUGGACUGUGGAACGGAGGGCCGCUCCUCGACGCCCACGUGAGACUCUCAACAAGAUUCCCGCCGCGGCCGCCUGGUUCAUGCUCGAUGGCGGCGGGCGGAUUUGCGCCAGCAAACCGCAUGCCAGCCGUCCUAUUGCUCGUCCAUUCGCCCACGAGUCGUACGUCAUCUUGUUCCGGACCGCGGAAGCAAAGGCGGUGACAAACGGAUACGGAAGCACAGCAGACGGACCAGGCAGUCUGGCAGAUACAUCCAGGCACCCCGAAGCCGACACCACCGAACGACGGGCCUACCAAGCUGCCUGCUGCAAGGGCUGUACUCUCCUGGACACGGCUCGAUGGGGUCGCGGCUCUGGUGGUUCAAAUUGCGUACCCGCGUAUGGACGCCUUUUGCGGGAACGAGAGCCCGGGGUCCUAGGGGGCUGA